GUCACCAGUGGUGUAACCAGAAGAGGAAGUGAUUCUACAGUCAGGGGUCACUGAUCACUCCAGGGGGAUGUAUUGCAGCUUCUGCAGAGGAGAUUUCUGUCUCUUGACUUCAUUAUUUCAUGGUCCAACUCCCGCUCAACUCGAGAGUCUUCUCCUUGACUGGCCCAUGAAGGAUGGACAAGCAUGGGAACCACAUAACUGAGAAGAUAUUAAACCUCACCUUGGAGAUCAUCUACCUGCUGACCAGAGAGGAUUAUACAGUAGUGAAGAAGACAUCUGAUAAUUUUAUGAGCAAUUGUGUGUCAGGGGGAUGGAGCAGGACCCAGAGCCCCAUCAUGGAGCCUCCAACUCACUCACUAAUACCUGAGAGGAACAAUGAUCAGAAGAUUCUAGAACUCACCAACAAGAUCAUUGAGCUGCUGACUGGAGAGGUUCCUGUAAGGUGGCAGGAUAUCACUGUCUACUUCUCCAUGGAGGAGUGGGAGUAUUUAGAAGGACACAAAGAUUUGUAUAAGGACAUAAUGAUGGAAGACUACCAGCCUCUCACAUCACUGGAUGUAUACAGUAAAAGUAAUCCACCAAAGAAGGAUCUGUACAAGGAUGUCAUAAUGGAGGACCAGCAACCCCUCAUAUUACUCGGUAAAAUGCCAUCCAGUAGGCUGAAUUCACCAGAGAGAUGUCUCAGUCCUCUGUAUUCCCAGGGCUGUCCAGAGGACAAUUAUAAUGCCCUACAGGAACAUCAGGGCAAAGAUUCCACUGAAAUUAAAGCCGAGGUUAUGGAGACAAAAGUAGAGUCAUAUGCUAGUGGUAAUCAUCAGUGUAAGCAGGAGGAGAUGCCUUCAGAUCUCUGUCCAGCAGACAAUUACAGAACUUAUUUCGAGAAACAUUAUAAUGAUACUACAAGAGAUUCUCUAGAAGAGCAUUUCACUAUGCAAAAUAUAUAUUCAGGACUUCACUUUGCUGAUCUGUCAUCUGUUUUCUCCAAUUUUGAGGAACCUCCUGAACAUCUUGCUCCACAAAGUUUAUUUUCUGAGCCAGUUGAAUACUUUACUCAGGAAUCGGAUGAUUUUGCACAAAAAAGAGCGAGUAAUGUGGAUGAGUUAUUUCCUUGUCCCGAAUGUGGGCAGUGUUUUGCUUACAAUGCAAAUCUUGUUGUACACCGAAGAAUUCAUAAAGAAAGUAUUGAAGGACAGAAAACCACAUCUCUUAAAAGACUUUUUUCGUGCUCACAGUGUGAAAAGUGUUUCACCAGAAAAUCUGUUCUCAAUGAACAUGUAAGGACUCAUACGGGGGAGAAGCCUCAUUCAUGCUCACAAUGUGGGAAGUGUUUUACCAAGAAGUCAAGUCUGCUUAAGCAUGAGAUUAUUCACACAGGGGAAAAACUAUUUUCAUGCUUGGAAUGUGGAAAGUGUUUUAUGUUCAAAGACCAUCUUGAGCGUCAUCAGAGAAUUCAUACAGGGGAGAGGCCAUAUCCAUGUUCAGAAUGCGGGAAACGUUUCAUCCAAAAAUCAGGUCUCAGUAAACAUCAGAAGGUUCACACAGGGGAGAAACCAUAUUCUUGUUCAGAAUGUGGGAAAUGUUUUGCAGAGAAAUCGGGUCUUAUUAGACAUCAAAGAACUCACACAGGAGAGAAACCAUAUUCCUGUUCAGAAUGUGGGAAAUGUUUUGCACAGAAAUCAGAGCUUGUUGACCAUCAUAGAAAUCAUACAGGGGAGAAGCCAUUUUUAUGUUUGGAAUGUGGUCAGUGUUUUAGCAGGAAAUCAGUUCUAGCUAAUCAUCAGAGAAUUCACACAUGGACAGUCCAUACUGAAAAGUCUUCCAACCCAAAAGAGAGUCUCCUCAAUCUAAUGAAUCCCAUGAACUCCUCAGACAAUAUGUAAGGUAUUGAAGUUCUUCACCAUCAUGGACAAAGACUGAGGUUGUGGAAGGACCCGAAGCAGUAUAAUAUUAAAGCGUGGUGAAUAAAAUUUUACAUUAUCAAAAUAAAGUAAAA